CGAAGGAAGGAACAAAAAAGCCAUCCACUUCUUCACUUGCUCUGAGAACGGAGUUUCUGAAUUAGAAUCAGCCAUUCUCCUCACUCUGCUCGGGGGAGAGAGAUGAUGAUGAUGGCGGCCUUUAGUGAUUUGAGAUCUCAUCAGCUGUGCUUCUGCUUCCCAAAGCAAACCAAAAAUCCCUCUGCAAAUCCCAUAUUUCUCAUCCCUAUAUUCAAAGCCUCCCCUACCAGCUCCAGAAAUCCAUCCCCACUGCCUCGAGCCGUGAAACUUGCUAGACAAAAAGCCCACAGAAAGAAGCCCCAACUCCUGCUAGAUUAUCGUCGUCGUUGUCGGCAGCAGCAAUAUAGUUAUUCUUGGAAGGAAGACGGAGAACUGCGUCGGGAAGUUUCCCCAAAUGGGCAUUCCAAGCUUGUGAUGCUGGGAGCAGUUUGUGUUGGAGUGGCGGUGUUUGUAAUGGGUUUGGAUGAGCAGAGGGCGAUGGCUCUGGGACUGGGUGGUCCAGAAGGGCCACUGGUGGAAGAGUUCUGGGAUAACAUGAGAAGAUACGCGCUUUACAUUCUGACCGUCAGUACCGGCGUGGCUUACACCAUUUUCCAGCCUAUAUUGGAGUUGUUGAAGAACCCCAUCUCUGCAAUUCUCAUUUUAACCAUCUUUGGGGGCAGCAUCUAUAUUGUGUCCCAAGUGCUUUCAGCCAUGGUUGGUGUCUCCGAGUUCAACUACGAAUAUGGCUACUAGCUACCUGGAUUCUGAUUUUCCUUUACAUAAUCAACUUGUGUUGUCAACUCUGGAGACUGGAUAUAAUGCAUACAUCUGUCUCUGUUAAGUUCGGUUGUUGUAAAAUCUGGAGCAAUCUAAUUUUAUUGAAUUAUGCUAUGCUUAAAUACAUGAGUUUGCAACUA